GCGCGGCCUUUAAAAAACUGGAAAUAAGGAAAUGAGUUGGGUUUGCUGCCACUAGGCAGCUCCCAGAGGUUGUCUCUUCCAACUACCCCCAGGUGGUUUCCUUAAGGGAGAAGAAAGCAAACAGCUGUUUUCUGAUUAUUAUUAUUUUUAAAUCGGUGUUGCUUGCAGCAAUUUUAUGCCCACUGCUUUUGCAGGUUCUCCUGAAAUAAUUUAAAUAAAUAAAUGUGUGUAAGAGGCAUGGAGGGGGAUGUUCAGGUGCAUUUUACCCCACCCUGGAUAUACAAUGCUGGCAAAUAUUGGACUAUUCUUUUCCUGCCUGCUAGGAAACACUUAAAGGCGCAGGAGCUUGGGAAGGGUGCGGAAUGAAUUGCAGUGCUGUGGGGGCUCUGGGUAUUUAGCAAAAAAAGAAAAAGACCAUGCCAGAGUUCAGAAGGGGGAGCUUCACAAUUGCAGCGGGUCUGGUUUCCCGCAGGUCCUAGUGCGACACUAACCACUAUACCACACUGCUUCUCAAUCUUCUUCUCAAGGAAAUGGAGGCAUCCUCUUGAUUUUGUUAAAGCCAAACAACCACUGCAUUUCGGAUUUGCACCGCAAUCCCAAAACACAGUUGCAGAGAGAAGACUCGCACGAACCGGAUGCUUAGAAACAGCUUGCAGGUCUGUACUCUGCAGAAACUUGCACACCCAUUCAACAUGCUGGCUCCAGAGUGCAUCUAGAAACCCUUUUCAAGGUUAGCACACGUGCUUGUUUCUAAAAUUUAUUUAAGUGUGUAUAUAUAUAUGGAUUAUGGCGAUUAUAAAAUUGUAAAACUCAGUAAAACUUUAAAAAAAUAAAAGUGUUUACCAUCAUGAAAGAAUGGCCAGGCUGCCCAGGUAAUGCAAUCAGUGACCAUUAUCAGGUAUCCUGGGAGACAGGAUUUCUGCUGUAGAUGGCCUCCUUCUGUAAUGUAUAUAUGAUGUUUUGGGGUGGUGAUCUUGGGCUACAGGGUGGACAAUUUCAGAAGUUAUUGUUCAGGGUUCUCCCUGUUGGGAGGGACCCUGUUGCAACAGUUCCUUGAAUAAAGAUCAGGUUUACUAGCCGCUUUGCUUCUCAAAAUACUCUUGUUAUUUUUCUCCUGCCAAUAGGAAACCCUCUAUAUGGGCUCCUGAAAUACCCCAGAAAGGAAAGAGCAGUUUUUCUUAUAACAAUAGUAGCAAACACAAAGUUUGAAAGGCCUGGGAGAGGGGGAAUGUGUUUGCCUUAAAGAUGCACAACGAAGCUGCUAGGCAACCCUUGCAUUUUCUUUCCUUCACCACCACCACAAUGGGGGCUAGAUGUUUAAAACAGAAAGUGUUUGGGCUGCAUCUUGCAAGAGAGGAGUAUUAAAUGAAGCCUGGCCAGCAGCUGUGACCCAAUAAAGCGAUUUCAUACUUUUGAGUUAAUUAGUAAUCUGCUAACUAGGGUCAAAAGUAGCAAGAGGCUAUCCACCAUUUCCCGCGUCACUGCCUCAACAUAGAGGUACUCCUUCCUCUUCUCCCAGGCUUUCUGCCUGGGAAGAAACGAAACUCCCGAUUGCAGGAACACGAAAACGAAACUGAGCUUGCCUAUUCUCCUCCAGCUCUCGGAAAACACCUGCUCCUGCUUCUUGGGCGAUCAUGGCUACCGCAGAUCCAGCAAAACACCUUCAGGACGAAGUCACUUGUUCCAUUUGUCUGGAUUACUUCAAGGAUCCAGUUAUGAUCACGGAGUGCCAGCACGACUUUUGCCGAGCCUGCAUCACAAAGUAUUGGAAAAGAUCAGGAGCUUCCAUUUGCUGCCCGGAUUGCAGAAGAGCAGCUUCCUUGCAAUGCCUGAAACCCAACCGGCGCCUGGCGAACAUGGUGGAAGCGGCUAAGCAGCUCCGUCUGCAGCUGGAGCAAAGUCCAGGAAGGGAGAAAAUGUGCAGGGAGCACAAGAAGCCUCUGAGUCUGUUCUGCACAACAGAAAAUACCCUUAUUUGCAUGUUCUGCGAGAGAUCCAAGGCUCACAGAAACCACCGUGUUAUUUCCCCAGAAAGAGCUGCUGCAGAUUACAAGGUAAUGACGGUGCAUUUUAGCAAAGACUGCAAUUGCAGGUGUAAGCCCGGUGCAGUUGUGAUAUCUCUAAUCUAACCACGAUAUAGAACAGGGACAGGGAACUUGUGGUCCUCCAGGUGUUUUGAGCCCAGCUCCCAUUAAACCCAGGCAAGGGUGAUGGGAGUUGUAGCGUAGCAGCACCUUGAGGGUCGCAGGUGAGGAGCCUCCCCAGAUAUAGAAGGUGAACACCUCACUUGGUAUAUUUCUCCUCCCCUUUUCAGAGCUGGUGUUUUAAAUCUACAAUCAGGGUUAGUUUCAAACCACACUGUGCCAAUUCUGUUUGAAGCGUGAUAGUGGUUCACAGAGCUCUCUGCAAAGGUUGAUAUUUGAUACUUCCAGAGACCCACCCUUCGCCCUCAAUAAUGGGCAGCCUCACCACACCAUUUUGUGGGCCAGCCUCUUUCAAGUGUGGCAGCCAUUUUGUGACGGGUUUACAGGAAUUUCCCCUCAAAAUUCCAAGGUGUCCAUUGGCCCCCAAAGGUUGGCAAUUCCUGUCUUAAGCAGCCACAGCUGUUUCUGUCUCGGGGUCUUCCUUGCACAUAACAUUUAUAGUGAAAUGGUUGCCUUUUUGUUUUUUGGAUUUUUUUCACAGGUUGCCACAUGAAGUGCUAUUUUUUUUUAAUAAUGCAAAAAAAAAAUUUUUUUUUAAAUCCAGAUUCUGUAAAAGAGCCUGGGUGGAUCCUGUGAUAGGAAUUUUAUGGUCUUAGAGAUAUGGCAAUGUUCAUAAGUGUACCAACCAAGCACAUACAUAGAUCAGCACAGGAAGACCGACCUGGAACCAUUUUGAUUCCCAAACUGUCCCAAGCUGACCAAAUGUUUUCUCUGCAAGGUCAAAGGAAAAUGGAAAAGCCUCCCCAUUGUCUUUUCCUUCACAAAUCCUGUCUUAAGGGUAUGUCUGUGUUUGAAUAGGGUGUGAGCCUGUGACUUGGUCCAGGAACUAAGUAUUUAUCAUUACAAAAGACGAGCCAGGCUCUCCAGGAAAUCCAAUCAAGUAACCUGCCAGACAUGAGAUAAACGACAGGAGAAAUACAACAUUCAAAAUUUCUGUUUUAGACUGCCUUUUCUGUGAUGUAGGUGUGAUGUAUCUGAGGGGUGGUCUUAGGUUACACCCCUUCUGUGAUGUAGGUAUGAUGUUUCUGGGGGUGGUCUUGAUCUACAGGGUGGGAAUUUCAAAAGUCUUUAUAAGGCCUUGGCGCGCCAUUUUUCUGGGUUCCUCCUCCUCUCCUGCGGGUGAGGGGAGCACCCUGUUGCAACAGAUCAAUAAAGAUCAGGCUUACUAGCUGCUUUGCUUCUCAAUAUUCUCCGGUUGGCCUCUGUUAUUCUCUCCUACCAAUAGGGAACCUAUGUAAGGACUCUAUACGGGCUCUUGGAUACCCCAUAAGGGAAAAGGGCAAUUUUUGUUUACAACAGUGGGCGUGUUUUGUUUUGGCCACUUUCCUGGGACCUGUGCCACUGUAGCAGCUGAUGGAAGUUGAGAGCCCAACAACUUCUGGUCAGCUGCAGGCUCCCCCUAUCCCGUCCUAUAAACAUUUUCAAGUCUGCUGCUUGUUGUAAGUAAAACAUUCUCAGUCUGCAGAAACUUUAAAUCUACCAUAUCACCCAUUGUCUGUCCUUAGGGUGUGCUACUUGGACAUCUAAAGGAACUGAAAAAAGAAAGAAGCAAGAUUCUGUCGGUUAAAUCAAAUGGUGAGAAGCCGUGCCAGGACCUAUUGGUAAGAACUGGCAUAACUCGGGGGUCAGCAAACUUUUUCAGCCGUGGGCUGGUCCAGCGUCUCUCAGACCAUGUGGUGGGCUGGACUAUAUAUUUUUUUGGGGGGUGGAAUGAACGAAUUCCUAUGCCCCACAAAUAACCCAGAGAUGCAUUUGAAAUAAAAGCACACAUUCUACUCGUAAAAACACCAGGCAGGCCCCACAAAUAACCCAGAGAUGCAUUUUAAAUAAAAGGACACAUUCUACUCAUGUAAAAACACGCUGAUUCCCGGACCGUCCAUGGGCUGGAUUUAGAAGGCGAUUGGGGUGGAUCCGGCCCCCGGGCCUUAGUUUGCCUACCCAUGUGCAUAACUCCUCCUCUUAAGGCCUGUCUACAGUGAGCUGAUCACCACUGGCAACGUUAUCAUUUGAGAGCAAGGAUCUGUGUACAUUGGGAGUGUGAUUUGAUAAGGAUCCACAUUCUCCUGGCCUAUGUUAUAUUUUACAUUACUGUAGUAUCUAGGAAGGGGAAAGGACUAGAUAAGUGCCUUGAUAUUGUUGUGAUCAUGAAGUUGGAAUAUGUUUGAGGCUGCUUUCAAGUCAAGAUUUAUGGGUGAAACAGAUUUUCUGGAUCCAUUUCAUUUUAGGCCUGGGUUUGGCACUGAAACCAACUUUCCCAAAUUCCCCCUCAUUCUGAAGCAUGGAGGGCGACAGAGAAAGGGCUUUUUUGCUGGUGGCCCCCAAUUUGUGGAAUAGGUUUGCAUGGUGCCUGUGUUAAUACCUUUUUGUACCAUGUGAUGAUAACGACUUUUUUUUUUUUUUACUCUUCACCAGCAGGCCCCAGGUUGGUUUAAAACAAUUUAAAAUUCAUGAUUGAAAACAGUUUAAAAAAUACAGUCACAGGAGUUGAAAUAUUUUAAUGUUAUCCUGUAUCCUGUAUCCCAUUUUAGUUUCUGUUCAGUGAAUGGCUGGUGUGUUCAUUUAAUACCCUCAUAUGUUUUCUUAACAUUUGAUGUGAACACCUGAAAGAGACGUUAAUCAAUUUAAUUCCAAUUACGUGCAGUGCUUUUUUCCAGGGGCUACGCAGUACCGGCACAUCUUUUUGUUGUUGUUAAAAAGUGUGACACUUGCUAUAACAAUUUCACGGUGAGUACCAGCACCUAUUUUUCUAGGAAAAGCCCCCACUGAGUAUGUGAUAUAUAUUCCAAUGUGAUAUUAUUAGGAUCUGGAUUGGGCAAUCUAUUAGAACAUCCCAUUGUCAUUUGUAUCUCUCCAUUGUAGAAAGAGGCAGAAGCCAAGAGGGGGGAGAUUGUGUCUGAAUUCCAACAACAGCGGCAGUUUUUAGAGGAACAAGAGCAACGCCAGCUGGCCAGGUUGGAAGACAUAAAAAGGGAGAUUGAGAAGAGAAGAAACGAUUAUGCAAACAGAUUUGAGGAUGAAAUAUCCUACAUCAACGAUCUGAUUGGUGAUAUAGAAAAGAAGGGCACUCAAUCACCAGAUGAAUUCUUGGAGGUAGGUCUAGUAUUCUGAACCAGAAUGUAUUCAUGACAGAAAUAUCCUGCAUCGGUGACUUGAUUGGUGAGAUGGCAGAUAAGGGUGGCCAAUCGGCAAAAGAUUUUUUGGAGCUGGUAUUCUAAUCCAAUAUUGAUUCAUAGCCAGCACAAAUUGGUUGGCAGAGGCAGCUGGCCAGCAGCUCACUGCAUGUGUGAUAAGCAAUGGUUUAAUAAGAAAAAUGGCCACCGAUGGUUGAUUUUUUUGCAAAUAAGUUGUUCUCAUUGAGUAUGCAUCCCUCAUCAUUCUCAGAAUGAGUUGGAGUUGCAACCACUUUCAAAGUCCCAAGUCUCUUGAAAAACGGCAAAGGGUAGAACGACUAUAGCGUUGGAUUGAAUCCCAUGUUUUUUGAAGCCAAAGAAGCUAGUGGACAUGUGACUGUCAAGUUAUUUUGUAAUUGAUUAUCACUUUAUUCCUACCCUUUAUAUACAAACAUAGAAUGCAAAUCCAGGUAUGUAAAGCAGACUGAAAUGAAUGAGGUAAUUGAUGGAACGCUGAACCAUGUAAAUUCAGCAGUUCUAAUCUUUCCCAUCAAAGAAUCCAUACAGAGUCUCACUUCACAUGAAAGAACUCAUAGUAGGGAGGAAUAAUAAUAAUAAUAAUAAUAAUAAUAAUAAAUUUUAUUUAUAUCCCGCCCUCCCCAGCCGAAGCCGGGCUCAGGGCGGCUAACAACAAUAAAACAGUACAAAAACCAUUUUAAAUCCUUAGAAUGUGGAAAGAGCUUCACUUCCAAGAUGAGUCUCACUUUCCAUCAAAAAAAUUAGUACAGGGGAGAAACCGUAUCACUAGUUGGAAUGUAGAAAAAGCUUCAUUCUGAGCCCCGAUCUCACUUCCAAUCUAAGAAUAAUCCAUGGGAGAAGCCACAACAGUGCUGAGAAUGUGGGAAGAAGUUCGGUGAGAGAGCCAAUCUCACAGUCCAUCAAAGAAGUCAUACAGGGGAUAAGUAUAUGUUGGAAGAAAGAUGGUAUUAGAAAACAAUCAAACCUAAAGAAAUUCUCAUGCACAUGUGAGAAAAAUGAAUAUUCUCUGUUAGUAGAGUUAAAUAAUUUUUCAUAUUAUAUAGAUUUUGCUUUAGUUGUUUCAUGCAUUUAUGAGAGAACUCAUAGUAGCCUGCAUAUCGGGCAAUACGCAGACUCUGAAUCCCGGUGGAGUGUUAGUUUGGAGAACCAGCCACCCCUCUCCCUUUCUGUGGUCACAUCCAUACAAUGCAUUUGAAAGUGCAUGACUCUAUCUAAAUAGUCCUAGGAACUGUAGCAGAGUUACAGUCUCAAGCACCAUAAACUAGCUUACAACAACAACAAAUCUUUAUUACGGUCGUAGGCCAGCAUAAGGAGGGCGGGAUACAAUUGUUCAAAACCUUUAAAAAACCCCAAAACUAAAAUGAGUUAAAGCAGAAAAUAUAUUUAAAAAGUCUAUAAGAAUCCAAAAGAAGCUAAGAAAAUCUAAAAGAAGGGUUAGGAACAUUAGACAAGAGUGAAAGAGUGUGAGACUAUACCUAUCAGUCUACAGAGCACUCUUAAUAAGAGUGCCCAUUAUAUCUAGUUUGUGGCACAGGUCAUCCAACAAAUUUUGAGCGCUGCCGUGCAGAAUCUGGCAACGUAUGUUGUAGCAGGGUUGGUACCUGAAAGUAGGGAGGUAUAGAAUUGUCCUGUGUGCCCUGGGUACUUAUGCAGCGUUGGUAAGAUGAGGCUAGUAUGAAUGUCUAUAAUAAAGACACUGGAGAAGCACAUGCUCUGUUGUUUCUGUUUGUCCACAGUCACAGGGCACUGCCUCUCCAGAUAAGCAAUCUUCCUGUAUCCGCCUUCAAGGACAGCUGAGGGGAGGCCAUGACAUCAGCCAAAGGCCCUCCGGUGCUUAGGGACUUUUAAGUUUAGCUAGAUAUGCCAUAGGGGAGAAACUAGCUUACAGUUUCUAGGAUUCUUUGGUUGAAGCCUUGUGCUUUAAUGUAUAGUGUGCUUGUGACCACAGUUCUCCAUUGUGAAGUUACGUAGGGUAAGUUUACAAUUGGAGAGCCAAGUACGCUGGUGAAAUUGACCCAGCUUUCUCUUGACACUAGGAAAGGGAGGUGGGCAGAGACAAUUAAGGAAAUGGCCUUGCAGUGGAUCCUUCCUCGCAGUUGUGCAAAAUUAGCAGGAAGCAGGCAAGGAAGCCUCACCCUUUCGUGAGUGGCCAAAGAGACACUUCUGUGCAAGGGGAAGAGACUAGGUAGGAUGUGAAAGAUGCCAUUGUCAAAUGUAUAGACCCAUAAGAAACAAAAGGAUAUCUGGAGGGCUAAAACAGCUUCAUGGAAGACAUCUGUUAGAAGGUGACGAGAGAACCAUAACAGGAGUAGGAUGAAGUACAAUUGUAAAUCCACCUUCCUGCACGACAAUCACAGGGUUUAAGAAAUCUGAUAACAAGAACAUUUUUGUCUUUCACACAGGCACAGUGGGAAAGAGGCUCAAAACCGGUUCGUUCAUCCAUUUUUUUGUAACUACAUACUACCCAGUUAACUACAGUGGACGCUCGGGUAGCGAAUGUGAUCUGUGCGGGAGGCACAUUUGCAACCCGCCGCGCCACGUCUGCGCACAGGUGGGUCACGAUUUGGUCUUCUGCGCAUGCGCAAAGCUCCAAAACCCGGAAGUAACCCGUUCCGGUACUACCGGGUUUGGUGCGGUGUGCAACCCGAAAACACACAACCUGAAGUGUCUGUAACCUGAGGUAUGACUCUACAUUCUACACAGUUCACAACUUAAAAUCAAUUAAAAACAAAUAUAAUCGGAUAAAACAAUUGAGGCAGUAGCAGCCUAGCACAGAAGUUAAUACAAAGCCGCACAAAGCAGUAUAAAAUCAAUAAAAGGGCAUUGAAACAUAGCAAAGAGAGAAACAAUUGUUCUAAUAUAUAUAUAUAGAGAGAGAGAGAUGAUGAUGAUGAUGAUGAUGAUGAUGAUGAUGAUAACUUGUUGGCGUCCAGCAAAGUCAUACUCUGAGCAGACCCAUUGAAACCAAUGGCUUUGAGUAUUAUUAACAUUGGAUGUCACCCAUUAAAUUGAAAUUACACCGUGUGCCAAAUGUAGCUAAAUUGUCUUUGCUCUUUUCACUUCUAGGGUAUUGGAAGCAUACUGGACAGGUACCUACCUUCUGCUUUUGCUUUAUAACAAUGCUUGACUGACUUGGGGCCCCCUCUCCCCUCCCCAACUACCCUUUUAAUCGCCUCUUAGCUACUGUUUUAAGGCUGCAGGGAACCAUCAUUGGGCUAAAAUGGGUGAAUCAGUGGGGCAGGGCUUUGGGGUUUCAUUAAGGGCCUUCCUGCCCUCAGUCCCACUCCCCUAUAAUUUUGAAUAUACCACUCUUAUUUUAUUGUGAUAGGUCUUAAAUUGGGUUUGACAAGGGAGUCCUGAUUAGUAAAACUAAAUGCAUAGAGCCUAGCCUAGAGAGAGGAUCCAGACUUUGAUCUCUUUUGCAAUGACACUGAGUCGUUCAUCCCCAUCUCCCAGCAAACCUGAGUGCUGUUUUCAACUGCUACAUGCAAUGGCAGGGCAGAAGUUUGUCUGAUUUAGGGGAUCCCCAGGCUUGGGGAACCUAAUGUCACUCUUGAGACCUCUGUCUCAUCAUAUCAGGAUAGACAGCCCUUGGCAUGCAACUCAGGAUUCCUUUUUAGGCGGAGCACAGAAGUAAAAAAGAAAAGUGGUGCCUUUGUGUUAGCAAAAACGGGGAUUAAAAUUUUGGAUGUUGAACUAAGUAAAGACGCCAUGAUGGAAUCCACACACACAUUUUAAUUUUUUUUUAUUAUUAUUUGAAAAAAUACAUUGAAUUUGCCAUAGCUCACUGUCACCAUCUAGUGUCACAUUUGUAUAUUGCACUUUACAACACACUUAAAAUGUUUUAUAUGCAGCUGUAUAGCUGAGUCCAUCACUAUUUCAUCCCAGAAUCCUAGGUAUGUAACCUCAUCCCUUUGGCACAAAGUAGAGACCUUAUUCAGCCUGCAGUCUCCACCUUGGUGCAACAGAUAGCAGGUACAGCUACACCUAGGAUUCUGGGAUAAAUAAUCAGUUGUCUACCUAGUUCACUAUCUAAGCUGACCUCAGUCGACAUGACUACAAGAUCCAGCACAAUUUUUGUGCUUUGUUUUUCCUUGCCUACUCCCCUUUCUCCCGGUGCCCAAUCUGUCACUUAGCAUAACCUCUUGCUUGAUUAAAGAUGCUUCCAGACUGAUGCUACUGUAGGGUGGGAUUCAGUCACAUACCAGCAAUUUGAUUGGAAGGUUUUGUACAAUGUAGCUACCUCCUUGAAAGAUCAGACUUUCUUUUGAGAUAAGGACAGGUAGAUGUACUGCAAAGUAUGGGGUGAUGCUUGCUUUGACUUCACUUCCCUGUAAACAAAUCAGGAUGAAUGCUCAUUAAAUAGCCAAUGUCAUCCAAUCUCCUUUGAAGCAAAUCGGCAUGUAUGUAAGCAGGUAAUCUAGAAAUGACCAAAGAUUUCUGGAGAACUCAAAAGCUUGCUGAAGGGGCCACGGCUAUAAGGCUCCUACACUUCAGCAUUCACCGUUAUGCCAUUAACUAUGAGGCCGAAAUUAAACUUUUUACCAUCAUAGCACCCAUAUGCUAUCAAGCGGUGGAUGAAGCUGCAAGCGAGCCUUUGUGAAGCAAAAAAGGUGGCAGUUAAAAUAAGGGACUGUACAACUAGAUUGAGGGUGGUCCUCUGAAUAUCUCGCUUUCUCCCACUAGAUGCGAGACAGAGAAAUUUCAGUUUCCAGCUACUCCUGCUUCUGCAGACAUGAAGGAAAGGCUGAGGAAAUUCUCUCAAGAAAGUGCAUCUUUGACGAGUUCUCUGAGGAGAGUCAGAGGUUUGUAAAAGAGAACCCUAAAUCGGAUUGCAGGGAUGAAACAUGAGGUGCCACACUCCUUAUGGUCAGCAGCAUUCUACCUUUAAGAGAAGCGUAGCAGGGUGAUGCCAGCAGCCAUAGAUUCUCCCCCAUGGUGCUCGUUAUUAGAAAAAGAGAGUGACUUUGUGCUAGUGUGGUUUGAUGGCUUAGAUAAAAGGUCUGGCUAAGACCAGGGACGACUAGUGUCGAGGCUCCAUUCAGGCAUAAGACCCACUAAGCGACCUUGGACCACUCUGAUUAUAGAUAGAACUAAUAGAAUUGUAGAGUUGGAAGGGACCAUAAGGGUCAUCUUGUCCAAUCUCCUGCGCCAGGCCUCCACAUCUGGACUGCAAGCCAAGUUGGCUAUGUCCUGCACAUCUGCCCUGCACCCGCCAUCAGGAGCAGGGCAGAUAAUGACCAGGCUCAGUCAAAAGGGGCUUUGUAAGCUAAUCAGCAGUGCCUGAGAAGCCCUGUGCAAAGAACUCUAGGGGAAAAAACCUAUCAGCUGAUAGUUUGGUCUUGCAGAGCUUUGCUGAGCAUCUUGCAAGGUCUGGCGAUUAGCUGAGAGUCUGGCCUAGUGAAGCCCCUUGCAAAGCUCUCUGUUAGACCCAUGAAGUGGGGGGAGGGGGAAAGGGUCACCUGACUUCAUUAUGACAUCAGGGGAUUGUCAAAUCUGGCUUGUGAUUGGGUGGAGGAGAGAACAAUCUGGCCAGUUCCCCAUUCUUGUCUAUUGCUAUCGUGUCCCCAUUAUGGGGAAAGGGCGUUCGCUCUUUGCUACCCAAAGUGUGUGGCAUGUGCCCCGUCUCCUCUUCCUGGCUACCCAGAAUUCACUUAAUCAUCCUGUUUAUCAUUCUUACCACUACAGCUGACCUUGCUUUUAACAGAAUCAUUCAUCAUAUCAGAGAUGUUGUUCAUCUGUCAGUUAGCCUUAGGAACAUGAGUCAUGCAUUAGUCGCUAAUUAUUGUGAAUGAUUAUUGUAAUUAACAACAAUGCUUCAUUGGUGCGUGGUUAAACAGGCUGCAAGGUCCCUUCUGUUAGCCUUAUGAUGGACAUUUUACCUUGCUCUCUUUUCUCCUCCUAGACUGUUCUGAGCCCAACUGUUCUCAGUCCAACACGGUCAAAUCAAAAUGGAUAAGAGGUAAGCUGCUAGUUCCGGAGAGCAAAAACAGGCCAGAUGUUGGAGAGUUCCAGCAUUUGAUGUCCUGACGUUUAUGUCUUCAGAUAUAAGCUGCUGUAGGGGGAGAUCAAACUGGACUGAGGCCCUGGCAGCAGUGCUGGGGGGGCGCGCAAAGCGAGCUAGUCCCUGUUCUGUUCCUCCAGCCUAAACCAACCCCCCAACCCCCAGCAAGUAAAUAGCUUAAGGGGGACUUAGAUUGGGGGAAAUGGUGUUGUGGAAAGGGUUACAUUAACCAUUUUCCAGCUCAAGGGCCACAUUCUCUUCAAGACAGCCUUCCUAAAAAAAAAUAAAAAUCAAUCUUUAUUGGUUUAUAAACUGCACACACAUACAAAAAACCCAAGAAAGCAAAACACACAGCACAUAACUCACAAAUAACAAAAAUAAAACAAAACGGUACAAUGCGGAAACACAAAAGAUUUCAGCCAUUGACUUCCGACCUCCUUGAUGUGGGUUCUUUGUUUCCUUGUUUACUUUCCUUUAUUUUUCCAUAAACAUAGCCUGUAUUAUAUCCCUUACGAGUUCUGAGAGUUAUUCAAAGCAUUCUAAAGUUUUAAUAUGGGGACAAUGUUCUUUUAAAUCUUGUCUAUAAAUCUCCCAUUCCUUUUUAAACUUUUGGGUUGGUCGAUCCCUGAUCUUUUCCGUCGUUUUCGCUGGUUCCAUUUAUUCAAGCAGUUUUGUUUGCCACUCCUCUUUUGAUGGAAUUUUAUCUCCUUUCCACCCCUUACCAAUCAGCAUCCUUGCUGCCGCUGUUGUCGCAUACAAAAACAAUCCAGCCUUGAGAGAAGGCUGUCUCUCAAGAUAGCCUUCCAAGGACCACAGGCCAUGCUGGGUGGUGCCAGAAACAGAGCCAUAGCUACAGGGGGGCUAGCCAGGGGUUUUGCCUGUUAUGAAGCCUUCAGAGGGGCACCACUGAGACUCCCACCUCCCAGGCAAACUGAGCCUUUGACCCGGGUGAAAUAAAUCCUAGUUUUGCCCCUGCCAGUGGCAGAAGUGGGUGAAGCAGUGAACGUAAAUUUCAUCUUUGUUUCUGCACACGCAGCCUCCAGCUUUCAACUCUCACCCUUCAUGUGCCCCUGUAUUCUCGCCAUGCAAAUUUGGUUGUAUGAAUUGGCCUAAUUGGUUCUGCAUUUCUCCCCUUCUAAAGAAUGCAUGCAACUUGGAAGCUUGGUACACUACCUUACGGAUUCUGUUAAGUGUUUGUCUUGCCCUGCUUCCUGUUCUCUUUCAGAAAAUGUGGUGUUGGAUCCGGAAACAGCCCAUCCCCGGUAUAUCGUGUCUUCAGAUGGAAAAUCAGUACGGUGGGGAGAUGUCCGCCAGGACUACCCCUACAACCCAAAGAGGUUUGAAUACGCCCGCUGUGUGCUUGGAACGCAGGGAUUCAGCUCUGGGAAACAUUAUUGGACAGUGGAUGUCGAGGAUGUUGACCAUUGGGCUGUGGGCGUAGCCAGUGAGUCUGUGGAGAGGGAUAGAGAAAUUGAUUUUGAACCUGACGAAGGGAUCUGGGCGAUGGGCUUUAGUUAUGAUCAGUACAAAGCUCUGACUUCACCUCCUACCGUUUUGGAGCCAGAAGAGGAUCCAGUAGAGAUCCAAGUUUCUUUGAACUAUGAAGCAGGAACUGUGGCUUUUUAUGAUGCUGAAGAUAAGACCCGCCUCUUUAUUUUCCAGUCAAUUGAUUUUGAAGGGGAGGAAGUUUUCCCCUUUUUCCGGAUUGUCGAUUCAUCAGCUCCCCUCCAGCUGUGCUCUUAAAACACAUGGUUCUUGGCCUGUGCUUUGCUUUGCUUUGCCUUGCCUUGCCUUGCUUUGCCUGGGUACUCAGAUGAGUCGAGGUGUUAGUCCCAAAGAGCAGCGGAUAUCAUUUCUGUGCACAUUGUCUUUGGAAGUCUGUUUCCAUCCCAAGCUGCUGUCCCACAUUCCCCUUCAACAAAGGACCAAGGUGUUUUGGUUUGACUGUGCAGAUAAUAGCUUUAUAAUUCAGUACAGCAAAGAAGCACUAUAAUAUUCCAAAUACUGUUUCUUUAAUUUUGCACCCUCUUAGUGGUGCCGAUGGGGAAUUUCCUCCCAAUGUAAGUAGCAGCUUCAGAGGGAUUAUCCUCGGGACCAAAGCAAAGGUGGAAAGGGUUAAAUCCUCCACCGCAUUUUGUGAUUCUCAUAAUCAUCAGCUUCUUCCCUCACUCAGCAUUUUGCAGUUUUAAAAACUUGCAUGCUAAAUGCAAGGCCCUAUUUUGUCUGGUUUUGAUUCUUAGUUUAUAUUAACCACACUAUUUAUCAGCAUGUAACUCCUCAGGUUUUUUUUCUUUAGCUUUUUAUGUUUAAUGAACCUGUGAUUUGAUAUCUCCAUUGUCACCAUUGCAGUCUUUCACUCAUUUCAUUAAUUCGUCAAUAAAAUUAUAAAAAAAUCCUUUU